GGAAAUGGGUUGGCGAGGGGAGUGGAAAAGAAAGGGAAAACCACCCACAAUUCGCAUUCUAACUGAAGGCAAAAGUUUUUCCUUGCACAAAUAACUCGACUUCUGCGACUCAACUCGCUUUGAAUGCUUUGCAAUUUCCGCUCUUCUAAAUUUGUUGAAAAUAUUUCUUUCCUCCGCCACUCCUCCCCCUCGUUUCCCCCCAGCCCCCACGAAAAGCGAGAAAAACUUUUCUGCUGUGGGAAUAACAACAACAACAACAACAACAGCAACAACAGGGUAGCACAACCCAUGACUGACUGCCCAACCUUGCGUAAUAUUUUAAUAAAUUUUUGUCGCCAGGCAUUCGGCUGGCCAUUUUCGCAUUGGAGCAAGCGAGCUAGAUAGCAGGGGGGUGCGAGCGAGAGAGCGCCACACAAUAGCAACUCUGAUUGCUGCCACUAACCUUUGUCCGAUUUCCGUUCGCCAUUCCUGUUGUGCGGCGCCUGCGUCCUAAUUAAAAACGCUGGCAAAAUGUAGGAUAAAAGCGGCAAAAGUGCGUCGAACCUGUCAAGCCAAAAACGGGAAUAAAACACGGAAAGAAACAGGUGAUAUUUCAAAAGUAUUCACUACACUGCUCUUAACUUUCUAGAGGUAAAGUUGGAUAUGACAACUCCACAAGGAAUAUAUCAUUUCAAACUGCAGGCACAAAUCUAGACUAAUUCGAGUUUAAAUAUUGAAUUAGACAUUAAUCGUUUCAUAGUUAAUUCAAUAAAAAUGAGUUUAUUAUAAUGAUUGCAAAAUUGCAUAUACCGACUUAUAUAUGCUUACUUCACUCAAAAGCUGAUAAAAGCAAUAAAAAACUAAAUUUGGUUUAACAAAAUAACAGUAUUGUGAUUAAGAUGUCUGAUGUCUAUAUUCAUGCCUUUUUCUACUUCCUUUGUAAUAUGUUUUUCCCGCCGUGCAAGGAUCAGCUAAGCAGCAGGACAUGGCCUGUCACUUGAUUCCUGCGCCGGAGUGGAGUGUGCACCGGUGGAAUUUCCAUGUCAAAGCAGAUUUUCUAACUGAUUUCAUGUCCAGCGAUUUGAGGCGCUCAACAAUUUUCAGUUUGCCAUCCAACUUGCGGCAUCCCGCUCGCUCCGAUGUCCUGUGUUCCGCUGUUUCUACAUAUUCCUUUGGUCGUUGUUGUUGGUCCUGUUCCUGGGCGUACUGGCUGAUGGCUGAUGGCGUUGGCGGCGGCGCCCACUGAUGUGGUAAUAAACACCCCUUGUGCAGUCUAAUGGACCGUAAUUAACUCGUGCGCCGACUGCGACUGCGACGGCAACGGCAACGGCGACAGCGACGUCGUCGUUGUACAAGCGAUGAAUAAUAAUUUUUUGCCAAAGCCACAGAGCCGUAGAGUCGUCCAAUCCGUGGACAACAACAGGACCCAUUCCCAAGCCAGGCCACCACACCACACCGCCCUCUUCCCAUGCCCCACCCCCAACCCCCAGUUGUACUAUAUGGCCAGGCACAGUGGUAACGAUUGCCGAUUUAAUGGCCAAUAAUUUUCGGGCGCCCGAUCGCCGACUGCAUCGCAUUUACAUAUGUAACUAAACUGGCCAAGAGGCAAACCCUGUCCAGAUGUGGGAAAUUACUUAUCGCCUGUCAUUUCGGGUAAUCGCUGUCCCACAUAUUAGGUUCGAUUAUGAGGCAAUCUUUAUGUCCACAGCAAGUUGUUGAUUGUGUGUCGAUUUGAUCCAUAUAGUGUCCAAUAAUAUCAGGAUGAGAUAUGAGUGGGUUUUAUGGCGCGACAACAGAUGUCUACUAAACUGAGAAGGUAAUUUGAGCAAAGGGCGUGCGAUUAACAGAUCGACUUUUUAUGGAUUACAAAUGCGAUAUUGCAUUUGUCCAAAUAUCGUAUUAAUAGCUGGUGCAAUGGGAUGAGCCUAUGGUAUAGGAGUUGGUCCAAAAAACUAGGCUUCGCACAAUAGAAUAGUUUCGAGAGCAAUCGAACUCAAUUAUAUUACCACUUGUUGUCAUUUUCCGCUCCUUUGAGAUAGCACGCCUACUCAUUGAGUUUUUUAAAAAUUUGGCGUGUCAUAACCCUUUUCGGAGACAAUUGGCUCUGCUGGUGGAAUCGUUUCCUACCCAUUGUACCCUGUGGCUCCAGAUUACCAUUGUUGUUGCUGCUGGUCAGGGUGUUGCUGUUGCUGCUGCUGCUGUUGCUGCUGCUGUUGCUGCUGCUGCUGCUGCUGCUGUUGUUUGCGUGACGGAUAUUGCCUUGUCACUUGCAUGUACGAGCAAUGUUAAAACGUGGAGCCGCUUGGCUUGGGUUUCAUCGGCUUUUGCCUUUUUUCCUAGCUCUUUAGCCCCGCACAUCGGUGCGGUCCACUCCAGGUCCUCCGCUUGCCGCUCCCCAUUACCCACCGCUUGUUACCCCCUUUUUUUUCCCAACCAGCGACCGCAGCAACCGCAGAGCGGCAAUCAACGCACAGCUACAUUCAACCAGCCAGCGCGGAGUUUUUGUACCGUUCGAAAGUUGUGCUAAAAUUUAAUUAAUUUCGCAAUUUGCCUAGACGCUGUCGAUUGUAGAUUGUCAAUUGCAGGCUCGUCGACCAAUUUCUAUCUUUUCAGCUCCCCUCACCCAUCGAUGUUUCGUCGAUUUGCGCUUUUUGUGCUUCUCCUCCAGUGGAGCUGCCGAAAAAUUAUGAUGAUUGCCAUCAUCAUCAUCAUCAUACUCAUACUCAUGCCGCUCGCUGCGUUGCAGUGCUUGCACGUAAUACCCAUAGACGAACUCGUAAUACUCCAGAGUAAGCGAGGGGCGUGGCGAAUGGGCGGCGAUUUAGCCAGGGCCAUUAUAAAUACCAAUUUAAUGAGCGCAACAUAUGCAACGGGCGCAAUCCAGGGGCGCGCUGGCCACCCGGAAAAAGGGGGGUGUGAAGCUACAGCAGCGAACGUUUAAUGCGAUUACAUGGCAGCGGCACAUUUGUCAUCGGGGGUAGAGUCGCCCAGUAACGGGCGUACACUGAGCCAAAUUCGAAACGGACGGGGAUUAAUCACGGCGAUAACUCAAUAAGAAAUUAAUAAUGGGCUUAACUUUGAAUAAGUUGCGGGUGUAACUGAACUUUUGGUUAUGCUGUAGUAUUAACAGGGUUUUAAAAACAAUUUUUCAAAGUUGAAGGGAAGUCUUUAUUAUCCUGUCGGCGUUCAUUUAAUAUUGAUUUAUAUAAUCGGGUAAAAAUGCUAUAUAAAAAGAAUUAUUCUUCUUAUUAGCUUAUUAUAUAAAAAGAAAGUUGAAGAGGGCUUUUGAGUUAGAAAAAUACGAUUGUUUUCUACCGAAAUAAUAUUAUUAGUUUAGAUGAUUAUGAAAGCACUUCUCUGCAUCAUUUUCUGUCAGUGAUGUAACUUUUGCAGUGAAUUUUAUGUGCACUGCACUGUGUGUUACAUUUUGAUUUAUGUAAGUUUUGUUCAUUUAUGAUGUUACAUUUCAUGCACUUUUUAUGGGGAGAUUUUUAAGGAGAUUAAAGGCAUGUUUCUUUUGACGAGAUUAAUUGACUGUUUAUGUAAGUUGAACCGAUUGAAAAGUGAUAAGUGGCUCCAAGUGGCGCCCAGAGUUGAAUGCAAUAAUGGCUUAAUCCGUGAAAGAGUUCUCCUAAUAAGCGUAUAAUUGCGCAAGUGCAGUGGCCCCCCGUGAACUUCAACUUCAACUUGAACUGCAACGAAUGCAACUUGCAUCAGCAUCAUCAUCAGCAUCAUCAUCAUCAGCUUCUGUGUCCGUGUGUCAGCUUAAACAAAUCAAGUCAAAUUACUGCAGUGCUAAACAACAGCGAGUAGAGGAAGCAGAAGUAGAAUAUGUGGCACAAACAGGCAACGAAACGAAAUGUAACGAAGCAAAACAAAGUGAAACUGGCGUACCAGCCGCAAGGUUUCGCAUCCGAAAGAUAGAUUUUGCUAUAGCAGAUGCUACUGCCGCUACUACAGCUACUGCUGCUGCUGCCACGCCAAUUGCAUGGCCAUCGUGCAUAACUCCAGCUGGAUUGUCUCUGGUCUGGGGUUCUCUGGUCUGCAGUCGUCCCUGGUACCUUGUCCGUCCCAAUCUCUCUGGUUUUCGUCCGGCAUGCGGGCCACUGCAGUAACAGUAGCACAUCACCACACCGCACCGCACCGCAGCGCACCACGCAGCACAGCAGCGGUGGAAAUGGCAGUAAGAGGAGCUCCAGUCGCCGCUCAUUAAGUGCCACUCCACGACAGUUGUCGCUAAUGCCGCCGCACCGUCCCAGUUCCCCGGGUCAACGUAAAUUUGCAAAUAUUUGCUGGAAUCAGACGAGUGGAGCAAGUGCCACCAUGUGAAGCUGCUACUACGGCUGCCGCUGCAAAAAGGGCUGAAAAAUUCCAGGCAUAUUUGCCCUGCGCGAGCGCAACUUGAGUGUUAGACGUACGAUGCAGAUGCUGAUGGGGAGCAGGGAAGGGGCUUUGCAAAUAGGUCUGUCCUUCAUCCCCUUGAAAACCCUUGCUCCACGAAGAAGUUUGGCACUUUAAAUGCCAAAUGCCAGCCGGGAAACCACUCGCCACUAAUCCAGUCCCAGUCGCAGUCGCAGUACCAGUGCCAGUCCCACAACCAGAGUCCAUCAUUCUCCAAACAGUCCGAUGCAAUUAUCCCCGCCUUGCAAACCCACCUGAGGCAAUCGGUGAAUCUCUUUUUCAUUUCCUUUAUGGGCAACCGCAUAUGGUAUGGCCGUAGCAUAUAGUUAGUGCCGCCGCCCGCCCUCUUUGGAAAAUUUCCAACAAUUGUCAUAUUAUACUUUUAGGUUCUAUUCACUUGGUUCACUCCAUUGUCCUCCUGCGUUCACGUGGCCACUCCCUGGUUUCCCUUUUGAUAACCAUGUCGGCGAAGGGCGCCACUUGCACCCUGUGUACCUGCAGCUGCAACCUGAAAGGUUCCACGGCGAGGAGUGCUCAAAAGAUAUGGGAAAUCUGAACAAGACAAAAAAUAUGGUUUAUUUUCGGACUAGUAAUGUUCAUUAUUAAAGAAACAUCUUUAAUUUUUAACCUAUUUAGGAGCAUUCGUUUGGAAAUCAAUACCAAACACUCCAUAUUCUAAAUUUAUAUAAAGUGCUCUACAGUUCCAGUUCCAGAAAAUAUGCAUAUGGAUCCUCCUGAACUUCUGAGUAAUUUGAUAACUUCUCGGCGUUUCACUUUUGAGAAGGGUGGCCACCAAAUUGGGGUCACCUUUUCAGGGUGGCAUCCUUAUAUGCCAAGUCUGCGUUUGCCAUGAUCAAUUUUAUAAGCAGCUAAUUGGGUCUUUCACUUCGUUAUGGAGGUCAGGUUAGAUCAAUUUUUUAAUGGGCUUUCCUUCUCCUUUCUUGUUCCACCGCAUAUGAGAACAUUUGAGUUGGUUGACAGCCAAGUGUGAGAACUUUUUAUGGCCUCGGCGGGGGGCGACCACGAUGAAUAGAAUAUAUUCUACCACUUAGGAUGGGGUCAUCUCGUGGAGGGAAAACGUCUGGCCACUUGGCUAACUGUUAAGGUGUCACCACAUGGCGGGGUCACCCCACAAAUGGGGUCACCAGCCAGCACCAACAGAUAUUUCUUUUAGACAUUUAAAGGUGUCAACUCACUUGACUUGCCCGAAAGAUGUAAAAAAAAGAACAUUCCAAUCCAUGCCGAAAUGUGAAAUCAUCCCCGCUUCUUGAGCAACCCUCGCAUGGACUAGGAUCACAACUGCCGGGGUUUUCCCUUCGAAGCAGGGCGGUUAAUGACCAUUCAUUGUCUUACCUGACCCACUUGUUCCACUGCCUCCCGAGUUACGAGUUACGAGUUCCUUUGCGCGCGGUGAGUCAGAGCCUUGGUGUAUAAUUUGUAUUUAAAAUGCAACAAACCAUAAUUUUAAAGUUGCCGCUGUGCGUGCAGUUUGUCAAAAAGGCAGGAUGGCCGGUCUGGCAUGAUGAUGAAGUGGAGGCAGGAGGCAACCUGCGGUGCGACUGAAGAAACGGAAUGAAAUUAUUAAGUAUUUGCCUGGCCCCGGCAGUUGGAGAAACAAAGGCCAAAGCUUUUAAAUAUUUAAUAAGUAUACAAAAAUGGAGGAGCACGAACGGAGAGGGAAUCGCAGGGACAUUCGCCUGUUGUUGAGUCAUGUCAAUUGACUGACUGAGUGCCCCGCUGUGGCGGGAGAAAUGGAUGUGGGAAGUGGGAAUUGGGUAUGGGAAUGGAAAUGGAAGUGGAGGUGGAAGUGGAAUCAAUACCAUGGAUGGCCGCCUGCAGGGUUCCCGAGUACUUGUAAGGAUAUACACACACUCGCUGACGUACUCUAACGGUGACAAUAAAUGAGUAAAAAUGACUUCAACGAAACGAAAAUGAAACGACACAGCGACGGACGGACAGACGGACAAAAUCUGUCAUCAACACGCCGCCAGUGAAGAGCAAAAGAUACGAAACGAACCUGGAUACGACGACGCACUCACAGAUACCCACGCACACCCAUGCGGCAGCCAUGAAAUUUGAUACGAUGCGUGUGCGUCACUUGGUGUGUAAACGAAGGGGGGGUGGUGGUGCUGGGGCAGAAGGACACAGGACACGGGGACAGACCAAAGAAAUUUCCAUUUAACAAUAUCGGUCGCAUGUUCUUGGGCAUUUUCCGAAAAUAGUAAUUUAGGCUUUUAAAUUGAAGCUGAGAAAUAUGUCAUCUUGAUGCGCUUGAUUUUAUAUCAAAGUUUGAGUGUGUUUUCUUCUGAGUUCUGAUUAGGAUAUUUAGUAAAAACCAUUGGUUUUGAAAAUACCUUUAAAAUAUACCCCACUUCUUCAGACCACGCUCCAAGUGUCCAAAAGAGGGGUGGUUCGUUGGGUUAUGACCUCCAGAUUAAUAGAGCUCCAAAUUUAUGUUUGCUAUGCUGCGUCUGCCAGAUAUUUACUUUAUGCUUCGCCUAAGAAUUAAUAAAGAAUAACUUGAUUUAUGUACAGCCAUGGGCGUUGGUUUGGGGGGGGCUAAACUUCCGCUUUAUUGGCCAGACAUAUGACGGAAUGAAAGUACUUUGUGGUUAUGUUUCAUUUAUGCUGUUGUUUUUAUUGAGCCUGGCAAAAUAUGAACCAUUGAUGACAUUUUAUUGUUAUUAGCAGAUAAACUCCGGGGUUUCCUUGCUUUGGCAAAUUUAACCAUAAUUUUAGUGCGUUGCUAUGUCACAAGGAUUGAGAAAUUAUGAUGGUUUCUUGAGUAAAAGUGAGAUUUUCAUUAUGAUACUUCGUUGGUUAUGUCAUUAUGCCGUUUUGUUAUGUUAUUAAUUUGGUGAAUUUAUGCAUUUUUCUUGACGAUUUGUUUACCCUCCUUGUGAGAUUACUUGAGGGCUAUAAUUUUUUUGGUAUACCCUUAUUCCUUGCUGGAACUCGGGUUUCCACAUUUACUCGUCAACCUUUUGACUCCCGGGGGCGACUCCCGUGGCUGGUGAAAUUUACAACCUUACCUGUCCUAAUCCCGGUGAUGCAGCAGCAUGCUCGCAGCAACAUAUUUCACUUCUCCUGGCGAGAACAAUGCGAAGGCUUUUAGGGGCGACGAGGAAGAUGCUCCGCUCUACCUGACCCGAAAUGCGGAAAACAAAAGCCGGAGCAGAAACAAAACAACAACAUCGCAGAGAGCUCAACUGCAACACGCAUUGCACCUGGGAUUCUGGUGGCAUGGCAUGGAAUGGAGUAGAGUGGAAUGGCAUGGGAUUGGACAGGGGAUUGGGUGGACCUAAGCGCACGCCUCAGAUUCUUUACCUUUCGGUUUUUUUAUGGAUUUGUGAAACAUUUUAUAACUUUACAUGGAAAUGAUGUGUGUGCGCGAAUGGCGCAGGUGGGGCUGUUUAUUAUGGUAACCUCGAAAACAAGUUGAAACCGGAGACAUGGCGACAAACUAAAUAAUGCCCAGCUUUUGUGUUUGUCCAUUUCGAAGAUGGGCCCACACAGUCGAGAUACAGAUAAAUACGAGAUAAAUGAAGAUUGCGUUUCGGCACUCGAGGCGCCAUUGUAAUAAUAAAGCCACCAAAAGUAUAAUAAUACAAUCCAAGCCUAAAUCAAAUAGAGCAUAAUCUGCUGCAGGGGCCGUACACUUGAUCGUCAUCAUCACUUGUUGUGAUCAAGAAAACGAAAAUGAAAACGAAUGCGUGGCACAAAUUGAAUCUGAUUGUUCAAGUAGUCCCCGAGUCUCGGUCUCUGUAUCAAAUGUAAAUCAGUGACUGGCAACCGCCACCAGCCCCCUGCACUCGCUCUUUAUUCAAAUUCAACUCAAAAACAGCUGCUAUACUUCAUUACCAUAAGGUUCGCCUUGGCCAGCACACUCCCAAUCCCCUUCAGUUCCGACAUCACCGAAACGAACCAAACCAAACCAAACCGAUCCGAGCGCCCCUCUCUGGCCCGACAUGCAAUUUGAUGUGUGAUUAUGCCUUUUUGUUGCUUAUCAAAAUGAAAAUUCAAAUUCAACUAUAACAGCACAUUGUUUACAACGCCCCCGAACCCCUUUCGCUGGGACACUCGAAUGGCAUCCCAAACAAAACCCGGGGCACAGGCAACAUCAACGGCAGCAACACUUGGAGAGCUGCAAAAGUGACACUUCCAAGAGAUUAAAGUGACAUGUAGUGGUCCGUAUAUUCAGGCUAUAUAGCGACGGAUGGCGGCGGAUAGCGACGGACUGUCUGACGAGGAGACGGACCCGCUGCCAACACCUUCCACCACUCGAGAGUGGGGAAAGUUGGGGGCGGGCAGGGGCAUUGCGAGUCGAGUACGAGUAUUUGUUGGGCUCUAUGCAUAGAUUAAUAAAUUAUAAGCCGCUUCUCUGAAUGGAGUCGCUCUGAUUACACUCACAGAAAUUGGGUGAAAAGCUUAGUUCAAUGUUGAAUAAAUACAUAAAGCCUAUGUAUUUCUGGUCCUAAUUGAAUAAAAUGAGAUGCUAUACGAAUUCUGAGAAAUUUUGAUUUUGCCAAUAGAUUAAUUGAAUUUCAAUUAGGAACGAAAUGUAUAAAAAAUGUUCCAAUGAAGUCAAUUAGAAUUCCAAAUUGUUGCGAGUCUAAAUACAUUUUAAUUGAUUUGAUAUGAAUUACAUGAUAAAAGCAUACUAGUAUUAGCCUAGAGCCACGCAAUUGAAAAUUAGUUUGAGCGUGAUCACCGAUGAUUUAGGAUGUAUACAAAGCUAAAGCUUUUGCUUACUUUCUGGCUAACCAUGCAAUUGGUCAGCAAAACAACUGCCAUGCUUGAGUUUAAAAACAUAAAGUGUGAGUCUGUGGAUAAGGAGUUUUCCGAGUUUGAAUACUGCUAUCUAAAGUCUGUGAACAGGACAUACAAGUAUAUUUCGGCUAAAGUUAAAUUGCUGCAAUUGCCAGUAACCAAUGCUAAGGUUAAUGGAGCACUGUACCAACGACUCAAUGGAUACAAGCCCUUUCUGUACAACAUAACGGUGGAUUGUUGCAAGUUCAUCAAGAAUCAGAAGUACAGUCCCAUUGCUAGCUUCUUUUUCGACACCUUCAAAGGAUUUUCGAACAUAAAUCAUUCCUGUCCGUUCAAUCAUGACAUAAUACUGGAUAAACUAACUGCAGAAUCGGUAUAUCACCGUUUUACUAAUGUUCUACCUUUUCCCGAAGGGGACUAUAUGCUUCAAUUAAACUGGUUUACUUCUGGCCUCAAUCGAAUCAUAUUUAAAGUUUUUGUGUCACUCAAAAAUUGAAUAUUUCAACGAUAAUUAUAAUGUAGAGAACAUGUGGAUUACAAUUAAACUUUUAAUCCUUUGGAUGCUACACUAAUAAACAACAUCAGUUUUGAAACAUGUGAGUUUGAUUAUUAUUUGAAUAAUUCUGCUUGGCUUUCUUCCAGUGCACCUUUCGCUACCCUGUGUUCGCUUUCUUUUCCACUCAAAUCCUGGGGGAAUACGACAGUCAGUCCCCAGAGCAUAUGUACGCCUCCUCCUUCUCCUCCUCCUCCUGGAUCCCCAUCCAUCCAUCUGAUUUUCCUACCCCGCCCCCGCAUCAGAAUGUGAAUGUGAAUGUGAAUGUGGAGCAAUUAAUGUUUGUGUUUUGUCAUUUCAAGCCCGACAUUGCCCGCUGCUCCAUCGUCUUGAUGGGGAUGCUGUUUUUGUUGUUCUUACAUUUUAUGCGCAUAAUUAAGCCGGUGUAUCCGUAAAAGUAUGCGACACUUCCGGCUUGGACAACUGCCAACGAGAGAGUCCCUAUUGGAACUGGGCUUUGUACGGUCUUUUCCUCUGAUUUUAUUAUUAUUAUUUUUACUUUUGCCCCACGGCUUGCUUUCGCAUUGUAAUACAAUUCAUUGAGCAUUGAGCAUGGAGCAUUGAAUCUCGGAACUCUUUCUUUCUUGGCGACAUAUACCUCAGCAUGGCAUUCUUUGGGAAAAAGAAAAGAAGCUGCGGAAAUGCCAAAGCACAAAUGGGAAAAGAUGAUGAUGAUCAGAUCAUCGGCGUGGAGAAAAGCUGAGAAGGAAAUUGGGAAUAUAUAUUUUGAUGUGCUGUAAAUUGUCGAUUAUAUCGCGACGGUCCCACAUCAAGAGAUACAAUCUCGAUUAUCUACGCUUGAAAUUACCAUUUACAUUUGACAGAUCUUUCCUGUUCUCAGUCCGUAAUUGAUAUUCGCCUUUUGUAUCUUCUUUGUUUUAAUGAUAAUUAUCAUUUAGAGCCUAGGAGUAGUAUAAUUAUGGGUCUUCUCAUUUUUUGACAUUUCGUCUCUGUUUUAUUUCAUCGUUCAGAUCGUUUUAUAGAUCUAUAAUCGUUGGAUACUUGAGCACUAAUUGAGGGUCUCAUGUUGGGGCAUCGAAAUUGGCUUGGCCCACAAAAGCUGCCCAUCGAGCUGUAUAUGUUUUUUGGUGAACCUGUUUUGGGGGAGUGGGCACAAAUUCCGAUUCGUUGUCUGGGUCUUCAUCUCCGGCUCCAUCUGAUAUAUUGAUUGUUUGCACUUUGUUUCUCCGUUUCUGCUUUGUCAACUGUUUUCCCCGUACUCAUUGUGAUUUUUUGUGCUCCCAUUGAUUAAGACCCCACGACAUUUACUCCAUCUGCAGCCCGACAUGUUUGACUUUGGCCACGCUGACUUCAGCCUAAUCCCUCGGAUGGGUGGGGGUCGGUAGAACUUUGAUAUGGCUUAUCUCUGUGUCUCGAGAUGGGAGUACAAGAGCAGAGCGAUUUUGACACAUGUCAUAGGCAAUGGACAAACAGAGACCACCUCCCCAAGCGGGAUUCACAACCAACUAGCUCCACUGCUCGUGUAAGCCACAAAAAAACAAAUCACUUGGGGGCAACCCCACCAUCUGGUCGGGGGCGACGGGUGGUGUUGGCUCCCUCGGACGACUUCCCUCCCAGUGGCAUUAUUUGAAUUAAGUGCAUACUUAAGCGUAAUUUAUUGGAAAAUCCACAAGAGCCUCCGGGCGGCUCACUCGGCGGAUUGAGCUGGGCGCCUCCUCCAUCUACCAUAAAUCUAUUGUUUCAGUUGGUGCUCUUAGUCCAGUCGGAGAUUUCUGAGCGGCAGAUGACAUUCUAUCUAUGUGUCUCGGGUUUAUUUGUCCUCUGCUGCUGGCCAGCUCUAUUUGUAUAGUUCUCCGGCAAACUCCACGCCCGUGCAUCCUCCACACAUCUUAUCGCCUGGUGUCAGGCCAAAUGGCAGUAAAAAGAGUGGAAAGUGGGAGGUAGAGUGGGUGAUGGGCAGGAAAAUCGUUGGUUCGGGUACAAUGUGCGGAUGGAAUGUUUAUUGGGAUCGGGAUUUCUGCAAACGACAUCGAUGUCAUUAAAUAUGCCAAGUAGCCAUUCUAAAAUCGUGUUAACGGUCAUUGCUUAUGCAUUAAAGUAAUCAUUUCGGCUCACAGCAAAUGGAAUAAUCAUCAAAUCACUGAAAUGGACCGCCACCAUUAGUGUGUUCAAUGAGAAAUUAAAUUUAAUUCAGAACAUAUUUUAAUUAUUUCUAAACAAAUAUCCAAAGAGAAUGCGCGCACAAGUAUGCAUUGGUUUACAUUUUGUGAUUGAGAGAGAAAAAUGAGUUUAUAUUUUAAUCUUGUGUGAAAUUUGCUCAGCAUUAAUGGUCGAAAAUGCAGGCAUUGUGUAGAGUUUAGUCAUUCUGAUACUGUUUCCAGACAAAACAUUAGCUUAUGACUCUUGUUAAUAUGGAAUUUAUGUGCAUUAGGCAUCCUCACUUGUUUAUUUAGCUCGAAUUCUAACUGGAAAUUUCCCAAUUUGCGUUGCCCAUUUAAUUUGCAAACACAAAUCACUUUCCUGUUAUAACUCUCAACUAAAUUGAUAUUGAGUGCUUUGGAUUCUUCUUGGUAUCAAAUUAUUGUUGUUUUCCUACCUAAGCUUAAUUCGUCGGCACUCUAGACCAACUCUAGUCCACUUGCCAUUUCCAGUUUGGAGCGACUUGGAGGCAGGCUUCUUACUGCGACCACUCCACCGGAUUCUUAGGCUUCCACAUCUUGGGCACAAGAAGAA